GCACUGUCACACAGUUAUUAGCUUCAGCAAGAGGUCACAGUUGUCAUCACACAACAAGAAUCUCUGAGUUUAUUUUUCCACUUUAUACACAUGUAUUACUCUCGCUAUAUACAAAAACUAUAGGUCGACAAGUUGUGCGAGAUUGUUGGUAACCUGUUGAGAUUGUACCCAAAUUUAGCAGGUAGAUGGGUAUGACCAGGCAACACUAAUGACUGUGCACAGAAUGAAGCUUGUGAGUAGACGAACUUUAAAAUACGUGUUUCUCUCAAAAUAGAAAGAAAUUAGGAUUUUUUUUAAAUAGCUAAUUUAUUUUUCCUGCCUUAGUUCGUUUGAUCCGCCUCACGUUUGUAGAAAAAUAUAUUUUAUUAAAGGAGUCCAGCUUUUGUUCUGAAGGCCAUACCCGGAAGUUAUGUACAUCCGUUUCCGUUAGCUUGCUAGUCAGGCGGAAGGAAAGCGAUGUGAGAGCUAAUUCAGACCGGUUCUUACGGAGGAGGACGCCGGGCAGGUGAAGCCCCACACCUGAUAAAGUGCAGCACACACCGGACUGUCACCUCGGCCCAACAGAAGAACCAAUCCGCUGUUCCGGGUAGCAAACAGAACACAGCAGAACCGAGGCCGCCGUAUUCUGGCCAAUCCAAAACUGUCCGGUCCGAGGAGAGGACUCCGAACCCCGCGGGGAAGUUCUUGGACUUGGGCGCUUGAAUAUCGGCCACAGGGUGGGGAGAACCGGGUCACCCGGAUACGGACCUCAUGAAUGGAAAUCGGAACAACAGGAGCCGUUGGAGCCCAAGCCCUGUUUUCGUUGCCACAGCGACCCGGCUAUGGCACCAUUGGAAAGGCAAUCAAACUUUUGGCCAACUGCUUCCAGGUGGACAUCCCCAAGCUUGAUGUGUACCUGUACGAGGUGGACAUCAAGCCUGAUAAAUGCCCCCGCCGGGUCAACAGGGAGGUGGUGGACUCCAUGGUGCAGCAUUUCAAGGUGACCAUCUUUGGUGACCGGCUACCGGUUUACGAUGGGAAGAAAAACCUCUACACUGCCAGCCCACUUCCUGUUGCCAGUGGCGGGGUUGAUCUGGAUGUGACCCUGCCAGGGGAAGGAGGGAAGGAUCGGCCGUUCAAGGUAUCUCUUAAAUUUGUGUCUUUGGUCAGCUGGCAUUUGCUGCACGACAUCCUGAAAGGACGCAGCACGCCCGAGCCGGUGGACCUGGACAAGCCGCUCAGCACCAACCCCGUCCACGCGGUGGACGUCGUUCUGAGACAUCUGCCUUCCAUGAAGUACACCCCUGUAGGGCGCUCCUUCUUCUCCUCCCCUAAGGACAAUGACUACACACUGGGAGGAGGCAGAGAGGUGUGGUUCGGCUUCCACCAGUCAGUGCGGCCGGCCAUGUGGAAGAUGAUGCUGAACAUCGAUGUGUCAGCCACAGCCUUCUACAAAGCCCAGUCUGUCAUUCAGUUCAUGUGUGAGGUUCUGGACAUUCACAACAUCGACGAGCAACCGCGUCCCCUCGCCGACUCCCACCGGGUGAAGUUCACCAAAGAGAUCAAAGGGCUGAAGGUGGAAGUUACUCACUGUGGGACCAUGCGGAGAAAGUACAGAGUCUGCAACGUGACACGGCGCCCCGCCAGCCUGCAGACGUUCCCUCUGCAGCUGGAGAACGGUCAGACGGUGGAACGUACAGUGGCUCAGUACUUCAGGGAGAAAUACAAUCUGCAGCUGAAGUACCCCCACCUGCCCUGCCUGCAGGUGGGACAGGAGCAAAAGCACACGUACCUGCCGCUGGAGGUGUGCAACAUUGUGGUCGGUCAACGCUGCAUCAAAAAGCUGACGGAUAACCAGACGUCCAUCAUGAUCAAAGCCACCGCCCGCUCUGCGCCCGAUCGGCAGGAGGAGAUCAGCAGACUGGUGCGGAACGCCAACUACGGGGCCGAUCCCUUUGUACAGGAGUUUCAGUUCCGCCUGUGCGACGAGAUGGCUCAGGUGACGGGCCGCGUCCUGCCGGCCCCCAUGCUGCAGUAUGGCGGGAGGGUGAGCUCUGAACCCUUUCUGAACCGCACAGUGGCCACGCCCAGUCACGGCGUGUGGGACAUGAGGGGGAAGCAGUUCCACACCGGGGUGGAGAUCAAGGUGUGGGCCAUCGCCUGCUUUGCCACCCAGAGGCAGUGCAGAGAGGAGAUCCUGAAGAGCUUCACUGACCAGCUGCGCAAGAUCUCUAAGGAUGCUGGGAUGCCCAUCCAAGGACAGCCGUGCUUCUGUAAAUAUGCUCAGGGGGCAGACAGCGUGGAGCCCAUGUUCAGGCACCUGAAGAACACCUACACCGGCCUGCAGCUCAUCAUCGUCAUCCUGCCCGGCAAAACACCCGUCUAUGCUGAGGUGAAGCGCGUGGGAGACACGCUCCUGGGCAUGGCCACGCAGUGCGUCCAGAUGAAGAACGUGGUGAAGACGUCCCCUCAGACGCUCUCCAACCUCUGCCUGAAGAUCAACGUGAAACUGGGCGGGAUUAACAACAUCUUGGUUCCACACCAGCGACCGUCUGUGUUUCAGCAGCCCAUCAUCUUCCUCGGCGCCGACGUCACUCAUCCUCCUGCAGGAGACGGGAAGAAGCCGUCGAUCGCAGCGGUGGUGGGCAGCAUGGAUGCCCACCCCAGCAGGUACUGUGCCACCGUUCGGAUCCAGAAGCCCAGACAGGAGAUCAUCCAGGACCUGGCAUCGAUGGUGCGGGAGCUCCUGAUCCAGUUCUACAAAUCCACCCGUUACAAGCCAACCAGGAUCAUUUUCUACAGAGACGGGGUGUCGGAGGGCCAGUUCAGACAGGUGCUGUACUACGAGCUGCUGGCCAUCCGGGAGGCGUGCAUCAGUCUGGAGAAGGAGUACCAGCCGGGCAUCACCUUCAUCGUCGUGCAGAAACGCCAUCACACGCGCCUCUUCUGUGCUGAUCGCAAUGAGCGGGUCGGACGGAGCGGGAACAUUCCCGCCGGCACCACCGUGGACACAGACAUCACUCACCCGUACGAGUUUGACUUUUACCUGUGCAGCCACGCUGGGAUCCAGGGCACAAGCCGGCCUUCACAUUACCACAUCCUGUGGGACGACAACUGUUUCACAGCCGAUGAGUUCCAGCUGCUCACCUACCAGCUGUGCCACACCUACGUCCGCUGCACGCGCUCCGUAUCCAUCCCCGCACCCGCCUACUACGCCCACCUGGUGGCCUUCCGUGCUCGCUAUCACCUGGUAGACAAGGAGCAUGACAGUGCUGAAGGCAGCCACAUCUCAGGGCAGAGCAACGGCAGGGACCCCCAGGCGUUGGCCAAAGCUGUGCAGAUCCACCACGACACUCUGAGGACCAUGUACUUUGCCUGAACGCCCCCCCACUCCCUGUCAACAAGGUGGCAGCCAGCAGCUCUGAGGGUGUAGCUGUCCUUACACCACCUCCCACCCUCUAAACGGAGAAAGCCGCUGUUCAUUGCGGCCUCCAGAGCCAUGCCUUGAACGUCGCACAGACACUUUGAAGCUCCAGCUCAACCGGACGAUUCCUUCUAUUUAUGCAUUUUCUCUUUUAAACCUAAGCGAACAUUAAUCUUCAGCAAUAGAGGUGAGGUUUUUCGCUGAGCUGUACCCGCAGACCAGUGACAGCACUCCUGCAGCAGACACAGCUCCUCCAAAUCCCAGAGGAUGAAGACCCGUAGGGGAGGAGCAGUCAGGAAGUCUGAAGGUGUCUAACAAAGUGCCUGAUUUGAGGAAAUUUUCCAUGGGAUGACAGUUUCCUGUUACAUCAUGACAUUUCAGAAAAUCAUUAUUCUAAAAACUUUAUGGUCUUCAACACAGAGCUCUUGUAUUUCAUGCAGAAGUAUCUCUUAAGACUGUACUCUGCUGAAGGACCCAAUCUUCUGUUUGUAGCUCAGUCUCAGCCUCAAUGACCAGCAGGGGGCGGUGUGUCCUGUUGUCUUCAAGCUCCUUCAGCAGCCUGGUGUUUGUUGGCUCAGAGAUGAUGUCCCAUCAAAUGUCCUUUAAGACUUCCAGGAGUUUCCGACCAGCUCCUGGAAGUCCCACUUUACUCAGCGAUGCCUUUCCUUCACAAAGAAUGACUUUUAGGUUCCAACAUAGAAAUAUUUUUAGCUAAAGAUGUUCUUGAAACGCACGCGCAGAUGCUUAUGUAUUUUUUUUAAACAAAGGUUUUUAUGUGAAGCAUAAGCUGCCAUCUUUGCAUGAGUAUGAUGCUGCAGCAGGUUUACAAUCAAGGCCUUCCUCUAGGACCUGCAAGGCUCCGAUCUCUGCUUCGGAGGAGAACGGCGAUCAGUUUGACCGCUCCAGACUGCCUUUAAUUGUGCUGCUGCUGAAAAUAGCUUAGCAAGUCUCCUUUAAUGUGCACGUAUGCAUGUGCACGUGAUCAAAAAAUAGUUUUUAACAGUUUUUGUUGGUGUGGGAGAGAGGUUGGAGCUCCAUCCCCGCUUACGUUUUUAAUUUGUCUAAUUAUUUAAGUAAGCUGCUUCUGGCUAAGCUCCACCCCCUUUCCCUAAACUACGCCUCUUCAUUUAAACCACACCCCUUAAACAGGACAUCCCCAGUCAACAAUCUUGAAUAAAAACGUAGUAGAUGAAUCUGUUCUGUGCAUUUGAAGCAUCGUUUAUUACAAUUUCAGCCAGCAGAGGGUGACUGCCUGCUCCACGUGUCUUUAAAUUUCCUGGAUAACAAAAGACUGACUGCAUUGCUCUCCAAAACAGAAGUGUUUGUGUUUUUGUCUGAUUGUGUUCUGUUAGACGUGAAAAUAUACGUCGGGACUUUCCUCACCCUGCUUCUGCCAUUUGUCUCUUUACUUGUCAUAUUUAAACUUUGAAAUAAAUGAAAUUCUUAUAAA